AUGGCGCUUUUUGGCAACGUCGGCGCCACCACGGCCGCUGCUCAGACGAGCACCACGGGUGACAUAUCGAAGGAUGUCGCCCUUAACUCGCCCCCCGAGGACAGCAUUUCAGACCUUGCCUUUUCUCCUGUCAGCAAUCAUCUGGCUGUGGCCUCUUGGGACAAAAAGGUCCGCAUCUACGAAAUCAACGACCAAGGACAGAGUGAAGGCAAAGCUCUCUUUGAACACGAAGCUCCGGUGCUGAACUGCUGCUGGUCUCCGGAUGGAACCAAAGUCAUCGGUGUUGGAGCGGACAAAGCGGCUCGAAUGCUUGAUUUGGGUGCGAACGCGACUACUCCUGUCCAGGUCGCUGCUCACGAUGCCCCGAUCCGAUGUGUUGAAAUGAUUUCCAAUCCCAGCAACCCAUCACAGCCUCUCAUCAUCACGGGUUCGUGGGAUAAAAAGGUCAAAUACUGGGACCUUCGACAACAAACGCCAAUCGGUCAGAUAGAGUGCCAGGAGCGUGUGUACACCAUGGAUGUCAAAAAUAAACUUCUGGUCAUCGGUACUGCCGACCGUUAUAUCAACAUCGUCAAUCUAGAUAACCCAACUACCUUCUACAAAACAAUGCAGUCACCUUUGAAAUUCCAGACUAGGGUUGUCAGCUGCUUUGCGGACGCCACUGGCUUUGCCGUCGGAAGUAUCGAAGGUCGAUGUGCAAUCCAGUAUGUCGAGGAGAAAGACUCAACUUCCAACUUCAGCUUCAAGUGCCAUCGCGAAACGCCACCUAACAACAGAGACGUGAGCAACAUCUACGCGGUAAACGCCAUAUCCUUUCACCCUAUCCAUGGCACGUUCAGCACUGCCGGUAGUGAUGGUACAUUCCAUUUCUGGGAUAAAGAUGCCAAGCACAGGCUGAAAGGUUAUCCAUCCGUUGGAGGAACUAUCUCGAGCACCACCUUUAACCGAGAUGGUAACAUUUUUGCAUAUGCUGUCAGUUAUGACUGGAGCAAGGGAUACACUGGAAACACGGCACAGACAGCAAACAAGGUGAUGCUUCACCCUGUUGCCCCUGAAGAGGUGAAGCCUCGACCAAACGCAAGGAAGCCAAGGUAA